AUGGCGUCUACAAAUGAUUCCAUGGUCUCCAUCGACCGGGUUUAUCUGGACACCCUCAUCAGAAGAGCUCAGUUAAACGCCGAUAAUGAUCCUAACUCAAGUUACCUCACCAUCACAAUUACCCGCGCCGAGCAUGACGUCCUUGUCAAAAAGGCUCGAGAAUUCGCAAACUUGCGCCGCAACCUCGUGCGAGGUGGUGUAACGGAAGCUACCCUUGCUGUAUUGACCUGUGACGAGUCCAACUAUCAAGAGGAUGGUGUUGGAGAGCAGACCACUUCACCAUCCGAGGCUCCUCAGAACAAGACUCAACGCCGAGUCAGCCAGCCACGCGUAAAGGCGGCCACGGCUACGCGAGGAAACCAAAUCUCAAGCCGACCUACCAUCCAGCAACCUGUCAAGCAUGAGUGGGCUGAGGAGGAGCCCGUCAUCCUCGACGAAUCAGAGUCGACAAUUUCUCCUGUUGAGCCUGAGCCUAAGCCUGAACAUGGGUUUGGGAAUCAAAAUGAUACCCAGUCGCCCAUGCGGCCUCAGUUCGAGCGCUUGGCCACCAGGACCAUCUUUAUCUCGAACCUCGCCGAAGGCACAACUCAUGCUGAUAUCGUUGAUGUUGUUCGUGGUGGUCAGCUUCUGGACAUCUUCAUAAGACCCCAUGACCGGAAUGCCCAUGUGUCUUUCCUACAUGGCACGGACGCAGCGGCCUUCCUUGAGCAUAGCCGGCGUCAUGAUCUGUACAUCAGGCAGAAAAGAGUUGACGUUCGAUGGGCUGAUCGACACUUCAAUUUGCCCGGUCAUGUUGCGAGCAAGCUCGGCACUGGUGCUACCCGCAAUCUCAUCAUUCGACGAUGCGACCCGAAGCUCACUGAGGAGGAGAUCCGCGAUGACAUGGAGCACAUCCACAAUUUGAUUGUCAUCACUGUCAGGUUCCGUGGUGGAAGCUGCUACAUCAACACGAACUCAGUGCACAAUGCCAUGUUUGCGCGGACCUGCAUGAUGAGUCGAUUCAAAUACAAGGGAUCUAGGAUCGAGUGGGGUGUCGAUGAGUGUGCGCAGCCCUUGCCAGCCGAACCUCAGCGAAUCCAGACUCAAGUACCCCCGACCAGACGCCCAAUGAAUCCUAUGGCCAACCGUUUCGAGCUUUUGAAGUUGGACAAGGCUGAGGAGGACGAGGAAAACAUUCGGCCAGAGUUUCACACAAGCUCCCGGCUGAAGAUUGUGGUUUGA